UUUCCGGCACGUUGACAUCGGCGUGUAAUUGAAGAGACGAAAAAAUUGGUAUCAGUACGACUUUAAAACUAAUAAAAUCCUUUCGAAUUGAAAUAUGGCUGACGAGAGCGAUGUACUGUUCGUGAGAAGCAAUUCAAAAUCGAACAUGGCUGCGGCUAAUGAUGAUGUUUGGGAUGACACAGUUCUAAUAAAGGCUUACGAUAGAGCAGUCAAUUUAGCAAAAAAUAAAGUAGCUAAGCGUAUGGGAGUUGAGGCGCAGUCCACCUCUCAUGGUAAACAAGGUAAAACGCAAAAUCAAAAACAAAAUCGUCACGCAGCUAAGCCUUACAAGAAAUGGGUGGUAGGAUCCCCAUGCAGAGCUGUGUGGUCGGAGGAUGGUGAAGUAUAUGAAGCACAAAUUCAAAAAAUCUACGAAAACAGUGGAACCUGUCUUGUCAAGUUUAUAGGCUACGAUAACAUAGACAAAGUUGAAAUCAGCUCAUUAGCCGAGUCGCUGGGACUUGCGGCACAGGUAGCGCAAACCAAGGAAGCUAACGCAGAUAAAGUUAGCAACUCUUCAAUUGACCUGCAAGAAUCUGGGUCUAUCGGCAAUCCUGAAGUCACUCAUACAGGCGACGAGGUUGAGAUGGAGUGUGAAACUGAACCUCGAAAGUUUCCACAGUCGAGUAUCGCUGGAGGAACAUUGUUAGGAUUAUCAGCCGGUAUGAUCCCACCUGCACCACCUCUACCACCGCAAUUAAUGACCAGGCUACCUGAAAGUGACGAUGAUGCACUUUCCAGCAUGCUCAUGUCCUGGUACAUCAGUGGAUUUCACACCGGUUACUAUCACGGCAUAAAACAAGCCAAGGAAAAUCAGGAGAGGCGGAAAAAAUGACAAUGAUGCUGGUCUGAGAUUUUUUUUUUUAUUGAAUUGAAUUUUUUUUUAAUUAAGAUUUAUUAAUGAACUACAAUGAAUUCCAA